GAGUGCACAAACUCACCUGAGUCAGGAGGGAGAUGGAGGUUUCUGCCUCCGGCUGCUCCAGGUUCCGCAUCGACUCUCUGCUCUCCCUCAGACCGGCGGGCGCGCUCCUCUCCCGGGCAGACCCUCCGGAGCUCAGCCCGGGAAGCAGCAGCGGCUGCUCGGCGCCUCCUUCCCCGCGAAGAAAGCCGGUUCCACGGCUGGAGUGUGUGCUGCUGCCCGGUCAUCUGCAGCAGAUCCAGCCCCGCACCGUCAGUUCCUCUUUCCUUAUCCGGGACAUCUUGGGGGACUGCCGGCCCUACUCUGAUCCGGAUCUGGUCGACUCUGACCCGGGACUGGUAGACUCUGACCCGGGACACCCUGAGCUAGAAACCGAGCCAUUCCAGUCCGGACCGGAAAACGACUGUCAGGAUAAAAGUCACAGCAGCUUCUCUUCUGACAGUGAAUCCAGAGUGCAGAGCGGGGCCUCGGACCUUGUGAUGGAUAGUCUGAAGAAACCUCGUAAAGCUCGGACGGCGUUCAGCGACCAGCAGCUGUCGAAGCUCGAGAGAAGCUUCCAGAAACAGAAGUACCUGAGUGUCCAGGACCGCAUGGAGCUGGCUGCUUCACUGCAGCUCAGCGACACACAGGUCAAGACCUGGUACCAGAACAGGAGGACGAAGUGGAAGCGUCAGUCAGCUGUGGGUUUGGAGCUGCUGGCUGAGGCCGGCAGGAUGUUCCUGCCCACACACUACCUGUACCCUCCGGCCCCGCCCACACUGGACUUAUACCUGUACCGAAGCCACGCCCCCCAACACCACCACCACCCAUUCCCGCCCCUGCUGCCUCGCGUGCUGACCCACACGGAACCACACCCGCACUGACACCAGCACGCUGGGAGGACUGGUUCCUACAGGACGACGUACAGGAACAAAAGAACCCAUUCAUGUUUGGAGACAGAAUUCUUUACUUUAGAAUAAGUGUCCAACUCAUUUUGGUUCAUGGGCAAUAUAACCCUAGUUUGAGCUAAAGUGGACCAGACCAGUAAACCACUCGGAAAGAUCAGAAACUUUAUCUGCCACAGAGUUUCUUGUCAGCUUGAAGUUGGCAAAAGCAAAUUGCUUCUGCUACGGCAGCGUUCUAAGGCCAAUGUAGGA